UGUUUAAUCUGAAAUUAGCUGUCCUUAAAUAAAAUAAAAUAAAAUAUAAUAAUAGCAAAAGAAAACAACAAUGAAAUUGAUUCCUCGUAGCCGUGGGUGUUGUCCUGCUCCGCUCAAAUCUAGAUAUUGGAGUACCGAAUUUCAAGCUCCUCUCGAAUCUAACGGAAAUGGGCAGUAAAGGAGUGAGUUCGAGUUCGAGUUCGAAUCUGUGGUUGGCUCCAAACCCUAGCAAGAGAUGGGGAGAGGUCUUCUUCCUUUUAUACACUCCCUUUUGGCUCACCCUCUGCCUCGGCAUUGUCGUUCCCUACAAGCUCUAUGAGAAAUUUACAGAAUGGGAGUACCUGCUUUUGGCACUUGUUUCAGCACUUCCUGCUUUCAUAGUUCCAGUGAUAUUUGUUGGAGAGGCUGAUAGGAAUAUUCAUUGGAAGGAUCGGUACUGGGUAAAGGCAAAUCUCUGGAUAUUAAUUUUUAGCUAUGUUGGAAAUUACUUUUGGACUCAUUAUUUCUUCACAGUGUUGGGUGCUUCUUACACAUUUCCUUCAUGGAAAAUGAAUGAUGUGCCCCAUACAACAUUCCUUCUGGCACAUGUAUGCUUCCUGUUUUACCAUGUUGCGUCGAACAUAACACUUCGUCGACUACAGGCGUCUAUUGCUUACUUACCAGAAAACAUUCAGUUGAUUUUUAAAGCAAGCUGGAUCCUAGCUUUUGCUUAUUUUAUAGCUUAUCUGGAGACCAUAGCCAUUUCCAGUUUCCCCUAUUAUGACUUUGUGGACAGAGCAUCCAUGUACAAAGUUGGCUCCUUGUUUUAUGCAAUUUACUUCAUUGUAAGCUUUCCUAUGUUUUUGAGAAUCGAUGAGAAACCUGGUGAGCUGUGGGACUUGCCAAGGGUUGCCAUUGAUGCUUUGGGAGCUGCAAUGCUUGUAACCAUUAUACUUGAUCUAUGGCGCCUUUUUCUAGGACCCAUCGUUCCUAUUCCAGAAACAAAGCAAUGCCUUCAACCGGGACUUCCAUGGUUUCAAGGACAUUGAGUAGGAUUGUAGUUCGAGAAUGGUCUCUUGGAUGAGUAACUGUUUGCUGUUUUUGGACUAAAUUUAGGGUGUGUUUGGAAAUCAGGAAAAUGAUCUGGGAAAUGUUUUCUGGAAAAUGAGUCAUUUUUCAGAAAACAUUUUCUUUUUCAGUGUUUGGUUGUAUUCCAGAAAACUGUCUCAAUUCAAAGUAUGAAAUCCCACUAUCCCAGCAUGUCCAACGUGUUGCAUUGUCUUGUUCUCGAGCGGGCUCAGAUUUUAUCUCCAAGACAAAUGUCUUGAACUUUAUGCUACAUGUUAAAAUCUAAGUUUUGAAGUAUUUGCAUAUUUUGGUUAAUGGCUUUAUUGUUAUG